AUGGCUGCUUUGGCUGCUGCUGCUGGAGUUGCAUCCAAGCAUGACACUGCUCAUGUGUCUGUAGCUGAUCCUAACCGUGUCAAAGCUGCAUUUGUGAUCUUGGCAAGAAAUUCUGAUUUGCAAGGCAUUCGUCAAUCCAUACGUCAAAUGGAAGAUCGAUUUAAUAGACACUUUAAUUACCCUUAUGUUUUUUUGAAUGAAGAAUAUUUUACAGAUGAAUUCAAAAGAAAGACAAGUGAUUUGACAAAAGCACAGACAUUCUAUGGUAAAAUUGACGAAUCUAUGUGGGGUUAUCCUGAGUAUAUCAAUCAAACCUAUGCCGCCGAGUGCAGAAAGGCCAUGGAAGAGAAUAAAAUUAUUUAUGGUGGCAGUGAAUCUUAUAGACACAUGUGCAGAUUCCAAUCUGGCUUUUUCUUCAGACAUCCUUUAUUAGAUCCUUAUGAAUAUUAUUGGCGUGUUGAACCAGAUGUACAAUACUUCUGUGAUGUUGACUAUGAUGUGUUUCAAAUGAUGAAGGAUAACAAGUUUAAAUAUGGCUGGACCCUCUCAUUGACUGAGUACAAGGAAACCAUUCCAACACUUUGGAAGACAACACAAAAGUUUAUCGAGAAAUAUCCUGAAUAUAUUAAUCAUGGCGAAGGAAGCUUAUUGUCUUGGUUGACAGACGAUGGUUACGCGACUUAUAAUGGUUGCCAUUUCUGGUCAAAUUUUGAAAUUGGUUCCUUAGAUUUCUUUAGAAGUGAGAAGUAUCUCAAGUUUUUUGAAUUCCUGGAUAAAGAAGGUGGCUUCUUUUAUGAACGAUGGGGAGAUGCUCCAGUUCAUUCAUUGGCUGUUGCUAUGAUGCUCAAGUCUUCUGAAGUCCAUUUCUUUAAUGAUAUUGGUUACAAGCACAAUCCAUUGAUGCACUGUCCUAUCGAACCAUGGCAUCAAAAGAAUUGCUGGUGCAAUGAAAAAGAUAACUUUGAUUGGACAGACUGGAGUUGUGCUACACGUUAUCACAAGAUUCGUCCAGAUUUUGCUUGGACUGAAUCUGUGUACAAAAACAAGACUGAUCCUUAUAGAAUUACUCAAAAAUAA